CUAUAAAUAGGAGGGAUGAAGCCAGCACAGAUCAGAUUCUCUCUACAGAGACCUCUACAGCACACAGAUCCAGACAUGGCACCUACAAUCACUGCAGCAAUGACCAAUUCUCAGGAGCAUCUCACUCUGACCCACAAGCUCAGAAAGCCUCUGGUGGAGAAGUUACGCAGAGAGCGAAUCAACAGCAGCAUUGAGCAGCUCAAGUCUCUCCUGGGUCCAGAGUUCCUCAAACAGCAGCCAGACUCCAAGCUGGAGAAAGCAGACAUCCUGGAGAUGACAGUGUGUUUCCUGACACAACUGCAGCAGCAGCAUCAAGCUGUGGACUCAGCAGCUGUCGGUCAGGGCUACUCCAGGUGUGUCCAAGAGGUGACACACUUCCUGUCCAAAGAGCAGGUGAAGACACAGUCCCAGAGAAGACUGCUGAUCCACUUCAACAAGCUGCAGUCUUCCUCUGAUAACAACCUGACAGAGGCUGACUUCUCUCCUCUGAGCUCCACAGUCCAGACCAGCAUCACCAAACAACAGAGUCCAGUCAACAGCGCCCUCUGGAGGCCGUGGUAGACACCUACAGACUGGAGUUACUACCAGACAAACUCAGAUGACCAUAUUGGUCAAAGAUUAUCAGACAUAUUAUUCUGAAAUGUGAUAAAUGUCUCUGUGCAAAGUGUUUUAAUUCAAGUUCAUACUGGACUGACAUUUCCAUUUAUUCUUUGGAAUAUUUUUCAAAGAUUAAGAAAUCUUUUUUGUUGCGGCGCAACAUUGUAUUCUAUGAAUACCAUAUAUUCUCUUAUUGAUUUGUCAAUAUAAUCAAAAAUUGGCCAACACUGGUCAGCAUUAUCAUACCUGUCAUUAACUUCUGUAAGUCUUCUGUAUCAUAUUGAUCCAGUGACAGGAGUCGGUGAUCUCAGCUACUUUCUGGUGGCUCUUUCUCAUUUAUGUACCAAGCUGACUUUUUACUUUGUAAAAGAUCAUUGACCCAUGUUGGGUUUUGAAGUUCUCAUUUGUCAUCAGUAUGUCCUGUUGUGUCAACAGUACUAAUGUAUAUCUGAAAGCCUCUCAAUGAGAGAGCAUUUGUUCACUUUGUUUAGUUUGAACUAAAUGAUUCCCAGUGUUUUGUAAAAAAAAACACUGAAGCUGUUUACUCUACUUUGAGUCCAUUGUGUGGGACUACAACUUUAUACUGUGAUGCAUCAUCACCACGAGUGCCUCUAUGAUGUGGACCAUUCAAUAUUUUUGAAUAAAAAACAUCAACUGAA